GCGACACUUCCAUACCAAGACCGCUACGCUGUGAUUAUCUCCACGCCAAUACCCUUGGAAACAGCCAUUUCAGCCACAUAGUGCUUCACGAAGGCCAGCAGAUUUACGACACCGUAUAUUCUGAGCACAAUCCAGAACCAUGACUAUCAGCACCAAAGCAACGGCGACCGAGGAUCGCUUCUCGAAGCCACUUAUUGUCAUUGCCUGCGCAACAAUAACGGGGCACACUCUCCCAUUACUGCCUCACGCCAACGAGCUGACCAAACAAGGCUUCGAUGUCUCCUUCAUUGGUGGUCCCGAGUUCGAAACCCUCAUUCGCAAAACUGGCGCCACCUUCUACCCAAUAGAACAUUUAUACUCCCAGGAGAGCCUAGACUACCUGGAAUCAAUUCCUGAUCGCAGCGCCCGCAUUAUCUGGGGCCUAAAGAGAUUUUUCAUCGACUUGACCGCAUCCAGAAUGAAGUCACUACAAACCGUCCUGGAAACUCUCCGCGAAAAGCACCCAAAUCGCGAGCAGUUUCCCAAGACCCUCACAUUCACCACCACACCGUUGCUUGUCACAAGUGUCGAUACAGCACCGUUCGGGAGCGGUUUAGCUCCCGACUCCAGCGAUGACGGCCGAGCCCGCAACGCUGCGUUGUACGCCGCCGAGAAAAUUAUCCGCGAUGAGCUAGUUGACCAUAGCAACAGCGUGUAUGCAUCGCUUGGAGCAACCAUGAAAGUAGACCAGUGGUUAUUCGACCUGUGGAGCACCCAUACCAUCCUCCUGCAGCCCUGUUCCCCAAGCUUGGAGUACCCGCGCAGCGACCUUUCACCGAAAGUCCGGUUCAUUGGCGGCACACCAUGCAGGAAAACUGACCCUUCCACACCCCUGCCUCAAUGGUGGGGUGAGUUGGAGACGAACAUGCACGCGGCGACCCCGAAGAAAGUCGUCUUCGUUACGCAGGGUACUGUCAAAACUUAUUAUAAGAACCUACUCAUUCCCACCAUACAAGCAUUUGCCGACCGACCAGAUGUCAUGGUCAUCGGCGUGCUGGGAGUGAAAGGCGCAGUAUUGGACGAGGAUCACAAGAUACCCGACAACGCCAAAGUCAUUGAUUAUCUCUCAUAUGAUGCGGUGCUUCCGUACGUUGAUGUCUUCGUGACAAACGGCGGGUAUGGCAGCUUUAUGCAUGGCGUGAUGAACGGAGUGCCCAUGGUAUUAGCCGGGACAGUUCAAGACAAAGGCGAAGUAUGCAUGCGCGGAGAAUGGGCCGGAAUCGGAAUCAAUCUACGAACCGAUACUCCCAGCCCAGAGACCAUUCGAGGGAGUGUAGAGCGUAUAUUGAGCGACCCCAAAUACAAGGCUAGUUCAGUGGUAAUCCAGCGGGAAAACGAGGAAUUGGAUAGUGUUAGUUCACUACGGCGGUAUAUCCUCGAAGAAGAGUAAUC